AUGGCCCAAUCCAAUGCCAACGCCAAUAGUGCUGCUAUUUCAGUCCCAGGGACCCAAGGGGCCCCCGGGGGGAUCCAAGGGACCCAGGCUGGCACGGAUGGACAGGAACUCAGGAGUUUUCUGCCCAUUGUUGGGGCUCGUGUCGGUGGCUUCGGUGGCUUCGGUGGCUUCGGUGGCUUCGAGUGGCGACGAACCCGCAAAACCCCCCGAACCCCCCAAACCCCCCGAACCCACAAGUCGGUCCGAGGAUCACACUAG